AUGGAUCUGCGCCGCAUCUUCUCGCCUGAGCGAAGCCACUCGCCGUUAACCUUUGCCGCCUCUCCGUCGCCAAUAACCACCACCUCCUUUUCCUUCUCCGCCUCUCUCUCUCUCUCCCUCGCAUCUCUCCUCUCACCGUUGGAUCUCUCUCUGAUAGGUGAAUCUCUCUCGCUUCAUCUUUUCACCGCCAUUAUCUCGCUUCUCUCUCUCACUUUGAUUCAUGUUUUCAAUUUUCCUGCUGAGAAUGUGUUCUUAUCUCUAUUGAAUGCCUAUACCUUCUAG